AUGCCACAUCUGCAGUCUGGGCGGGCGGCUGCGCCAUGGGAGGCCUUCUGCGCCACGUUUCCGGCGUCUGGCGAUGGGUUACCGCGCGACGGUGAUGGGUUGGCCGAUGCGCUUGCCGUCAUCGUGGCGGCGCACGGCGACGGCGCCGAGCUUGUUCACAGCGGCCGCGACCGCACACCGGCUCCUUGCAACUAUGCUCUACUGCGCCGGCUGUCAUGGGAUGCGGUCGACGCCUCGUUCUUCUCGGCCACCCUCCCCGCCCUCGUCGCCGCCGUCCACGCCCUCUCACAACACUAUCCGGACGCGGACGCGGCGCCGGCACAAGUCGAUGCCGCCGGCGACUCGACUGCGGCUACCUAUACGAAUGUUCUGGCACUCGUCGGCGCCGCGUUUUUCUCGCUCUUCCCGGCCGAGACCGGCUUCUCGCUCGCGCCGAUCUUCUCCAUGCGGGCAAACAAGGCCAAGGCGUAUGCUGUGGUGGAGUACUUUGCGCGCUCACUCCACGAUCCCCCGCGCCACGGCAGCCUCUCAGUGAGCCGCAUCGCAAUGCCAGAUGCCGAAAUACCAGACUGGGCUAACGCGCAAGACAUACACAUGGCGACAGCAUCUGUGGCCAUCUUUGACUCGGGCAACAUCGAGGAUAAUGGCGGCGCCGCCGGCAUGGUCCUCGCCGACUUUGCCAACCGCUUCCUCGGCGGCGCGGUGCUCACCCACGGCGCGGUGCAAGAGGAGAUCUACUUUGGCGUUGUCUACCCGCAGCUGCUGGUAGCAAGGCUGCUCGCGCCGCGCCCGAUGACAGCCGAAGAGGUCAUCGUCAUGGAGGGCGCCGAGCGGUUUUGCAACUACUCGGGCUACGCGCAGACGCUCAAGUUUGCCGGCUCGCACGUUGAUGGCUCGCCGCGCCAUCCCGAGUCCGGCUCGUUCCUCACACGGAUUGUCGCUUUUGACGCCCUGCCUUUCUACUGCCGAGAGGACGCCAAGGCCCAGUGGAGCCGCGCCUGCAUCGAUCGCGAGCUGCGCAAGGCUCUGACCGCCUUUGCGCGCCACCGUUCCGAUCCCGAGGAGCUGCCGCCUGUCGCGACCGGAAACUGGGGAUGCGGCGCCUUUGGCGGAUGCAAGCAGCUCAAGGCGUUGCUCCAGUGGAUGGCUGCCGCCGCUGCAGGCCGACCGCUGGCGUACUUCACCUUUGGCGAUGUAGAGCUGGCCGAGGCGUUCGAGGCGACGGUCGCCACCGUGGUGGCUAACUCGGCCACAGUUGCCGACCUCUACAGCUGGACCUGCAGCUACGGCGCGUCCAUCGGAACCCUUUCCUCCGGCCGCGACCUGCUCAACUAUGUGGCCCAACGGGCCAUGGCGAGCGCAUGAGCCUUCGACCGUGCCACUGCCCGCGCCCGCGCCGCUGCUCGGGACGCUACCGAGUGCAUGACUCCAAAGUAAACGAUGGGGAG